CUGGCCAGGCAGUUGGCAGGUCUUAUUGGCCGCUGUUUAGACCAGCCAGGGUCCACUAGCCCCUGCUGCAGGAGGCUGCGUCUGUUAACACUGCAGCACCUGUGGCGCUCCAGGGCCAAGGAGUGCAGUCCUCUGCCGGCCAGCGGGGGGUUCACACACAAGGCCACUACUCCAUUCAGAUCAGCUCCCCCCUCCCUCCCCUGCACACCAGGACCCCCAGAGCCUGAGGCAAGAGCCCCAGCCCAUUUUGCCAAGAUGUCCAGGGUAGCCAAGUACCGUCGGCAGGUGAGCGAAGACCCCGACAUCGACAGCCUGCUGUCCACCCUGUCUCCAGAGGAGAUGGAGGAGCUGGAGAAGGAGCUGGAUGUGGUGGACCCGGAUGGGAGCAUCCCUGUGGGACUGCGGCAGAGGAACCAGACGGAGAAACCAUCCACGGGCGUGUAUAACCGGGAAGCCAUGCUCAACUUCUGUGAAAAGGAGACCAAGAAACUCCUUCAGCGGGAGAUGUCCAUGGAUGAAAGCAAGCAAGUAGAGACGAAGACAGAUGCCAAGAACGGAGAGGAAAGGGGCAGAGAUGCCAGCAAGAAGAGCCUGGGCCCCAGACGGGACUCAGACCUGGGGAAGGAGCCAAAGAGGGGGGGCUUGAAGAAGAGCUUCUCCAAGGACAAAGACGAAGCAGAUGGCAAAGGGGGCGAGAAGCCCAAGGAGGAACACAUGAUCCGGGGAAUCGACAAGGGCCGGGUCAGGGCUGCCGUGGACAAGAAAGAAGCAGGCAAGGGAGGCAAAGGAGAGGACAGGAAAGCCGCCCCGAGGAGGGACGAGGAGAAGAGAGGGAGCGACAGGAACACAGGUGUGGGCGGGGACAAGGAGAAGAAGAAGGAGGUGAAGGAGGUGGCCAAGAAAGAGGAUGACGACAAGGCGAGAGGGGAGAGCAGGAACACGAAAGCCAGAAAGGAGGAUGAGAAGCCGAAAAGGGCGAGUGGAGAUACAGAUGCCAAGAAAGAGGAAGAGAAAGUAAAAAAAGGGUCCGCAAACACAGGAGCAAAAAAGGAGGCUGAGAAAGCCAGGAAGGAGGACUCCCUAAUUAAAAAGGAGGCCCAGGAAGAGAGCAAGACCCAAACACCAGGAAAACAGGCCCCUGCCAGCCCCGCCAAGCCCUUGGAAGGGCCAGCCAAGGCGGACGAGGAAGCAGCUCCUAGCAUCUUCGACGAGCCCCUGGAGAGAGUGAAGAACAACGACCCGGAGAUGACCGAGGUGAACGUCAACAACUCGGACUGCAUCACCAACGAGAUCCUGGUCCGCUUCACCGAGGCGCUGGAGUUCAACACCGUGGUCAAGGUGUUCGCCCUCGCCAACACCCGAGCAGACGACCACGUGGCCUUCGCCAUUGCCAUCAUGCUCAAGGCCAACAAGACCAUCACCAGCCUCAACCUGGACUCCAACCACAUCACGGGCAAAGGCAUCCUGGCCAUCUUCCGGGCCCUCCUGCAGAACAGCACGCUGACCGAGCUCCGCUUCCACAACCAGCGGCACAUCUGCGGGGGCAAGGCGGAGAUGGAGAUGGCCACGCUGCUCAGGGACAACACCACGCUGCUCAAGCUGGGCUACCAUUUCGAGCUGGCCGGGCCCCGAAUGACUGUCACCAACCUGCUCAGCCGCAACAUGGACAAGCAGCGACAGAAGCGGCUGCAGGAGCAAAAGCAGGCCCAGGGAGCCAGUGGGCCGAAGAAGGACCUCCUGGAGGUGCCCCAGGCUGGGGCCCUUGCCAAGGGCUCUCCAAAACCUUCACCCCAACCAUCUCCAAAACCCUCUCCAAAGAACUCGCCCAAGAAAGGGGGUGCCCCUGCGGCCCCUCCCCCACCACCCCCUCCUUUGGCUCCACCCCUCAUCAUGGAAAACCUGAAGAACUCCCUGUCGCCAGCUACCCAGAGGAAGAUGGGAGACAAAGUCCUCCCCGUCCAGGAGAAGAACUCCCGUGACCAGCUACUGGCCGCCAUCCGCUCUAGCAACCUUAAGCAGCUCAAGAAGGUGGAAGUGCCCAAACUGCUUCAGUAGGACCAGCUGCCAGGUGCCGCCAGCCAACACCGUGACUGCCCAGGCCUCGCCUCCCAGGGCUGCACAGACCCUGCCCCACCCCGGCCGCCCUGCUGCGAACACCCCUGUUCUCCCAGGGGAGAGCUCGAGGCCUAGCCCAGCUCCAGGAAGGAUGCCGUCUCUCUUCUCACUUUCCUUUCCUUGUCUCCAAGGCUCUCCAAAAGUUCUUCUGUCCCUGGAAUGGAGGUUUCCGGACAAGAGUUCUUUUAGCACAUGGCUGAGAAGAUGGCACAGCCCAGGGCCCUUGGAGCUGGGCGUCUGCAGAGGCCUAUGACCCAGGAAGGAAGGCCCACAGGGACCACAUAGCCACCCCGCCCUGCUGCCCUCCAGGGCCAAGAUUCAGGCCUCUGAGGAGCCCUGGGAGCAGAGUUGUAGGGCUGGUGGCACUCUGUGUGGGCAGUGGCAGGAGGAGGAGGGGCCCCGGGGCCUCUAGGGAGAGAAGAGGACAACCGGCCUGGGUGCACAGUGCCUGGGGGACAUGGGCUCCGGGUGGGAGGGGAGAGACAGUGGUUGGACCUGAAGGUUUAAUGCCAAAGCAGACAUUUUCCUCACACCCACCUGCCGUGUAUAAAUAGCCGUGUAUCAGUUUUUCUGUAAGAUUUUGAUAAUAUAUUCCAACCCUUGGCUGUGGAUGGCUGUGCCCACCUCUG